AUGGUGCAAACGAGUGUUGGUGAUGUGCUCUUGAAGGUCAUGUUCCUGUUCCAGGUGGGAGUUGGUAUUCUGGGAAACGCUCUGCUUCUCUCCAUUCACUGCUCCUUAUUUCUCGCUGGGGACAGACUGAAGCCCACAGACCUCAUUCUGUCCAACUUGGCUGUCGCCAACUCCUUUGUUCUUCUCUCCAAGGGGAUACACCAAAUGAUGGAAGAUUUGGGACUGGCACGUGCCCUGGAGAACUUCGGGUGUCAGGUGCUCUACUACUUCCACAGGGUGUCCCGCGAUCUUUCGCUGUGCACCACCUGCUUGCUGAGCUGCCUUCAGGCGGUCACGGUCAGCCCCAGGAGUGGGGCGUGGGCAGCCCUCAGAGGUAGCGUGUCCAAGAAUGCUGGCUCCUCCUGCCUGCUCUGCUGGACCCUCAACCUGGCAAUCAACAUCAUCUCUCCUAUUCAAAUAGGCAUCUCCUGGGAAAAUAGCAGUAGUUCAAGAACAGUUAACUACACCUAUUGCCAGUACAAGGUCUCCCCGUCUGGAAGGUCUGCAAUCCCAUUAUCCUUUCUGGGAGCCGGGUUAAUGACCCUCAUGGUCUCGGCCAGUGUCUAUAUGGUGUGUCUUCUGCACAGACACCACCAGAGGGUCCAACAUGUCCACAACUCCAGCCUCACCCACAGGAUCUCCCCUGAGAUGAGGGCCACCCACACCAUUCUGCUCUUGGUGGCCAACUUCAUCCCCUUUUACUUUCUCAAUUCCAUCUAUAUAUUUUAUGACACAAAGUCUUUUCAUUCCUACUUGUGGCUGCAGCACACCCUGAAGUUUCUGGCUACGUGUUUUCCCUCUCUCAGCCCCUUAGUGCUGGUCCUCCAGAACUCCAGAGCCCUGAGAUCUUGUUUUUAG